UUCGAAAAUUUGCAAAAAAAAUCCUAAUUAGGCCAAACAAGUUUAUGUUUCGAUCGAAAGCUGCACAAAACAGUCUUUGACUUAACUCUAGGCCUUGUUUUGGCUAAUUUAUAGCUUAAAAACCGAGAAAAUUUGAGUUUCUUUACAGGACGUUACUGUUAUCUAACAGAGAUAACCGAGUGGCAGCCCCAUUAAACUCUGUUGCUUCUGUUAUUCUACAAUAACGGUAAUAUUAUUAAAUGAAAUUGGUUAAAAGGACUUGGUUCUUUUGGCGUUUAAAAUCUGCUAUUAAAAAAUAAAAAGGCCUUGCAGCUUCCCUCGAACAAAAAGGGCGCCACUAUAACGACAUACUCCUGCCAGACAUACUCUACUUAAAACCUUAAAUAAUAAUUGUUGGGAAUUAUUAUAAAACGGCAUCUUAACAAUGAAGCGUCAGAAUGUGCGAACACUUUCUUUAGUGGUAUGCACUUUUACGUACCUUUUAAUUGGAGCUGCAGUCUUCGAUUCACUGGAAUCCCCAACGGAGGCCAAAAGAUGGGAGUUUUUACAGGCCGUUAAAAACAACUUUGUGAAGAAGUACAAUGUUAGCGACGAGGAUUUCCGGGUGAUGGAGAUUGUCAUUAUUGAAAACAAACCACACAAGGCAGGUCCGCAAUGGAAGUUUGCUGGAGCUUUUUAUUUUAGCACAGUUGUUUUGGCCAUGAUAGGAUAUGGACACUCCACACCAGUCACCAUUCCGGGAAAGGCAUUUUGUAUGGGUUAUGCAAUGGUAGGCAUCCCACUGGGACUGGUUAUGUUCCAGUCCAUAGGUGAACGACUGAAUAAAUUUGCAUCGGUUAUUAUACGGCGGGCAAAGAGAGCCAGUGGAGCCCGUUGUACGGAUGCCACCGAGAUGAAUCUUAUGUUGGCCACCGGGAUGCUGUCCUCGAUAAUUAUUACCACAGGAGCUGCCGUUUUUUCCCGAUACGAGGGAUGGAGCUACUUUGAUAGCUUCUACUACUGCUUUGUCACCUUGACCACAAUUGGUUUUGGUGAUUAUGUGGCAUUGCAGAAUGAUCAGGCUUUAACAAACAAGCCGGGCUAUGUGGCACUCAGCUUGGUUUUCAUCCUUUUCGGUUUGGCAGUGGUGGCCGCCAGUAUAAAUCUUCUGGUGCUGCGCUUCAUGACCAUGCAAGCGGAGGAUGCCAAAAGAGAUGAGCAGGAUGCACAGAACCUGGCCGGAAAUGCCAAGCCUGUGACCUUUGAUGAUGAGUCCACAUACAAUAUGCAUGGUAAAUUGCUAGAGAAUAACUAUACAACCGAAAACGAUGAGACCGCAUCGCUAUGUUCCUGCACUUGUAUGGGCGGCACAAGGUGCCUUAAUCAUGAGCAGUUUGUGGAUCCGGACUUUCAGCCUACGGAUAUUAUUGAGAGCACUCUUUGUCUGAAGCGUGCCUCCGUCUGAUAUCCGUACAGCCAGCUGUGGGACUCCUCCAUGUAGGAGCCAGAGCCUAAGAAACGCCAAAUUAUAGUUACAAUCCUGUAGAGACCCAACCGCCGCCAACACAAAAAACUUGUUUGUUAGACAAACCUUCCCUACGUAGAAGUUUACACAAGAAUGGGUCGAUUAUAUUUAAACAGAUUUUCCACAAAAAGCCAUUUAAUUGGUGAAAAAUUUAUUGAAUUUUCAAAGACUAAUUUCCGACCAGUUUUAAAAGUUUUUCGGUAAAAAUCGACCCAUUCAAUUAUACACCCAUAUACACAUUUACAAAGGAGGAAACUCUAAAAUACCCAUGUCAAUAUCAAUCGUAUCAUCUGGCUGGUAGCCUUAGAAUCUUCUAUUGGAUCUUUGGUACCGCCUCAUCCAUCCCAUCUCGAAUUUUAGCUGUAUAUUGGUUAAACUAAAUACUAUUAAAGUUUUUGCUCAAAACCCAACAACUGGACUAUCUGUCAU